AUGGUUCGUCGAGAGGCUCAACGCCAGAUUACUAUGCUUGGAUCCGGCACCAAGAUUGGGGAACUUGCUGUGGUGUUUGCUUCUAAAAACACUGCUUUGGUUUCUCAGUGUACAGGGUCUAGCUCUUCUGCUGUUCUGCCUCGUCGCCUGACUCCUGCAGAAAAAGACAAACUGAAGUGUAAUCAUUGUGGUGAAAAGAGACAUACUAUCAACACUUGUUGGGCAUUGCAUGGGGUACCAGAUUGGGAGAAGGAGCAGAGGCAUUUAAAAAAGGAACAACUGGACAUCAAAGCUCAUGUGGCUGUUGCCACCACUUCUGUGGCUGGCAUCAUCACUAGGCACGACCACCUUAGUGCUAGUCCUCCGACUUUGACCGCCGUCUCAAGCACUCCAACACCUCCGCCUCCAUGUAACUUUGGCAAGGCUUUCCAUGCCUAUGAUACUCGAUAUACAAGUUGGAUUAUUGAUUCAGGAGCUACUGACCAUAUGACGUAUAAUUCUACUUUAUUCUCUACUACUCUUCCGCCUCAUCGUGAUCAUGUUCUGACUGCUAAUAAUGUUACUGCUCCUGUCACAGGGGCUAGUUCUAUACUCUUGACACAUGAUAUCCAGACUCGAGAUAUCUUUAGUCGUGGUACUAAAAAUGGGGGGCUUUAUUAUAUGGAUGAUGUGGCAACUAGUCGGGUUCUUCGUGCUGGUAGCGCCGAAACUUCUCAGCAUUGUCGGAUUUGUUUGCUACAUUACCGAUUUGGUCAUACCUCAUUUGGAUAUUUAAGGCAUUUGUUUCCUGCAUUAUUUAGUGGUGUUAAUGAGUCUGAUUUCCAAUGUCAGACUUGUAUUUUAGCUAAGAGUCAUCGAGUAUCCUACUCUCCAAGUUGUAAUAAACGGCUUAUGCCAUUUGAUUUAGUUCAUUAUGAUGUUUGGGGACCUUCCCCGGUUUCCACACCCUUGGGAGGUGUGCUCCAUGAAACUACUUGCCCUCAAACACCACAACAGAAUGGGGUUGCUGAACGUAAAAAUGGGCAGAUCCUUGUUGUUGCCCGUGCUUUGCUACUUGGUGCGUCAGUUCCAAAGCGGUUUUGGAUGGAUUAUGUUACCUAUAUAGUCUAUCGCUUGAAUCGUCUACCUUCACGAGUUUUGGAUUUCCAAACUCCUAUGCAGUUUGAUACAAAGGGAGAACUGGCCGAACCUGCUGAACCUGCUACACCGCCCAAACCUGCUACACUAGCUGAACCUGCUAUUUUAACUGAUGUCACUACUGUCACUGAACCGAUUGCCCCCCAUGAAGCUUCUCUAAUAGUACCCGAUCAAGCUCCCCUAGAUAUUCCUAAGGUAAGUGCUUUUAUUCAUAAUUCUUAUGUUUUACCACCUAGACGGAACCGUGGGGUUCCACCUGAUCAUUACUCACCAAUAGGCAAAACGAGAUAUGCUAUUGCCCAUUAUGUGUCUAAUCACAGGUUAUCUCCUGAGUGUAAAGUGUUUGUGACCAGAAUGGAUAAUAUUAAAAUUCCAACCCAUGUUGAGGAGGCAUUUAAUGAUCCAAAGUGGGCUGUAGCCAUGAAUAUUGAAAUGGAGGCAUUGCAAAAAAAUAAUACAUGGGACAUUGUUGAUCUAGAAAAGGGAACGAAGCCUAGGUACAAGACAAGAUUAGUAGCUAAAGGGUUCACUCAGACAUAUGGAGUUGAUUAUCAUGAUACUUCUGCAGCUGUGGCUAAGAUGAAUACUGUCAUAGUUUUGUUAUCCUUAGCAGUAAACUUGGAUUGGACCCUGAGGCAAUUUGAUGUAAAAAAUGCAUUCUUACAUGGUGAACUAGAAGAAGAAGUGUACAUGAGUCUUCCACUAGGGUAUAGGGUUACCGGUGAAACGGGGAACGUGUGCAAAUUGAAAAAGGCGUUGUACGAGUUAAAGCAAGGAAUGUUACGUGGCGUAGCAAGAAGCAAAAUGUUGUGUCUCGGUCCUCCGCAAAGUCUGAGUACAGAAGGAUUGCCCAAGGGACCGAAUGCAGUUACAAAGCUCCACUGUGAUAAUAAGUCUGCAUUUGAAAUUGCUAACAAUCCGGUGCAACAUGAUCGAACUAAGCAUGUAGAAGUUGAUUGGCAUUUCAUUAAGGAGAAGCUAGAGCAUAAGUUAAUUUCUAUACAUUUUGUGCCUUUUUCAGAGCAGCUUGCAGAUAUGUUGACCCAUGCCUUGUCAAAGCGCCGAUUUGAAGACUCAAUUGACAAGUUGAGCAUUAUCGAUAUCUAUGCACCAACUUGA